GUUUGGGGCUGUGACAUCAGCUCUGCUCCCCUGGGAGUGGAUCUGGGUGUCACCAGAGGCAAACCCCUGCCCAGACUGCCUUGGAUUUCGGUGGAUCAGAGUGGCUGGAGGUUGAGGAGCUGCCAUGAAGCCCUUGGAGCAGAGCCACGUCCCCGGGCUGGUGCUGAGUGCCCUGUGUGUCCUGGCCGUGGUGUCCCCGGGCGAGGUGCCCGUCCCGAGCGAGGUGCCCAUCUCGGAGGAGAUCCUGGAGCAGCUCAGGGCGUCGGUGGCCAGGAUCGCCGUGAACUCCACACCCUGCAGCGUCACCUGCGGGCCAGGCCUGAAGCUGGAGGAGCUGUGUGAGGUGACCCCGGCCGGGGAGAGGAGGAACUGCUCCCUGGUCAGCUCCUACUGCCUGGGCACCUUCCUGUGCGGGCUCCGGCACCUCACCGUGCCCACGGGGCAGCCCCUCCAGCUGCCCUGCCUGGCCCCCGACGCCCCCAGGCCGGGCAACCACGGCUACAGCUACACCUGGGAGCUGGCCCGGGGCCUCAUCACCACCAACGACCUCCUGUUCGAGCCCCUGAGGAACUCCAGCCCCGCUUUGAGCUUCUCCCCCGCGCGGGAGGCGCACGCCGGGACCUACCGGUGCGAUGUGCGGCUCCGGGGCACCUCCAAGCCCAUCAAGAGGGUCUACUUUGGCCUCAGGGUCAUCCCUGGAGACCUGGUGGGGCUCAGCUUCCAGCAGUCCCUGACCUGGGAGCAGAAGCUGGAGGGGAACCUGAAGGAGGGGAGCGCCGGGAACGGCAGCCGGGAAGGGCGGGAGCGCUUCUGGGAGCAGGAGGAGUUCUCUGAAGCUGUGCUGGGAAUUGGGAGCGGAGUGCUGGGGGCCAUCCUGCUCAGCCUCCUGCUCUGCUGCUGCCAGAGGCUUUGGAGAAGGAGAGGAGCAGAGAAAUGAAGGGAGAUUCCUGCAGGGAGAGAGUG